CCAACAGUAGACGCGUCUCCCGCUCAGUCUGUCGCUAUUCAGCAUCCUCUGGUUAAUGGAUUAUACAGUUUCCCUCCAAGUGCAACAUCAGCUGGCGGUGUUCCCGACACACUUCUAUCAGGGCUACAGUGUGGAGUUACAGAUGAAGUCAACAGAAGUGGACCAAGGGCUUUUCACAGACAGCUACUGCAAAGUGUGCAGUGCUCAGCUCAUCUCCGAGUCCCAGAGGGUCGCUCAUUAUGAGAGUCGGAAACACGCCAAUAAAGUGCGGCUGUAUUACAUGCUACAUCCUGUGGAUGGAGGCUGCCCUGCCAAGAAGCUCAGAACAGACAACGGCAGCGACGAGGGCGAUGUGGACAAGAAUAAGUGCUGCACGCUGUGUAACAUGUCCUUCACCUCAGCAGUGGUUGCACAGUCACACUACCAGGGUAAAAUCCAUGCCAAGAGGCUAAAACUGCUACUGGGGGAGCAGCCUGCCAUCACAACCAAAGAGGCCUCCCCCAGUCCUGUAAAGAGCUCCCCAGAAACGUCUCCCAUGACCUCCCCACGACAGCGCCGUGACUCAGACCGCUACUGCCAGCUAUGCAACGCCUGGUUCAACAACCCCGGCAUGGCUCAGCAACAUUACGAUGGCAAAAAGCACAAGAAGAACGCCGCCAGAGCAGACCUGCUAGAGCAGCUGGGCAAGACCCUGGACAUGGGCGAAAUGAAAGGUCUGAAACGAAGCUACUCCUGUGAAGUCUGCAGCGUCACACUGAACUCGGUGGCACAGUACCACGCACAUCUGCAGGGCUCAAAGCACCAAAACAAUCUGAAGAAUCAGAUAUGCGUCCAGUGAGCGUGGGACGAAGACAAAAAACAACUAUUGGAUUGAUGUCAGACAAGCUGUGGUCAGCUUGCCCUGCUUUUUCUGCCUCUGCCCUGCUUACGCUCCCCUCCACAUCGUUUCGAUUUCUCUCUCUCUCUUCUGUCUUUCGCUCUGUCAGUUUCCGGCCGCCCUGACAAGGAGGAAAAUAAAGAGAUUUUUUUUUGUCACACUGUAGCACUGCAUCUACUCUCACCUGUCGGUAUACGGUACAGUUUAAACAGUUUCUCUGCAUUGCUGGCCACUCUUAAAUCAUUGACCUUUGACAUUCCACAGCAGCUGUGUACUGCGGUCUUUUAUCCACUGACAGUCAAGAGCGCUGAAGUGGAUCUGAUACACAGCAGCCUUUCUAAAAAUGCAUGGACUAAAUUAUACUUUACUGUCCACAAGAGAUGCUAAGAGUACUGUAAGUGAAACUUUGACUUGAGAAAAUGAAGGUUUUUUUAAACUAUAUAUAGUUUUUGUUUGCUUUUACUUGAAUGAAACAGCAUAUUUGUUUGAAAUUAAAAGAAAGGAUAUACAUCAUUCAGCAUUUUUGGGCUUUAAUUUUGAAUUAUUAUGCUCUUUUGCCCUCAUAUAUGGUACACACAGUGUAACUUAACUGUAAUGCUUUUAGUGCAUAUUUUCAGUUGAGUUAAAUCCCUUCGUGGCCUAAAGGGGUUGAUGGCAAUAAUGACACUGGUUGGACUCUUACUAUACGUUGUAAUGGCAUUAUCUUCUACUGGCUGUACUGAAUGGUAAAUGACUUCUGUGUAGUGCUUUAAGGAGACCAACAGAAUUGAUACGAUAUGUCUGCAUCUACACAGGAACAGGAGAUCAUUUUGAAAGCUUAAAAUGUAAUUCUUGUUAGUUAUAAAUUCGGUAGUUUUAGCCUUGAACCCAAAUAAUAAUAACAUCAUACUCACCAGGUUAAUUUACUGACAUUUGUGAACAAAGCAACACUGAUAAAAAUAAGUGAGACAAAGCUAAAAGCAAACAGACACGUUUUAAGCAAACUAAGCUUAAUGCUAAAAUUAUUACCCAAACUCCAUUCAUCCAUCCAUCACUUCUCCCCUGCUGGUACAUGUCCAAGUCAUAGUGGCAGUACAGGCUUUAUUCCCAACCAUGUCCUCUUAUCACUCCAGUCUGUUGUGGGUCUGAACUAUGAUCUUCUUCCAGUUAGACAUGACAAUCCUAAUCAGACACCCAAUCCACUUCAACUGACUCCUUUCAACUGACUCCAAAGGAGCAGCAGUGCUACUCCAAGUUCCCUUUGGAUGUCGAAGCUUCUCACCUUCUCUAAAUCUAAUUCAUUACAGCCUCCUGCAUCUCUGAUCAUUUUCCAAAGUACAUGACCAUCAGCUGGUAAAUCAUCACUGCAGUCUGUGUCAGCGUCCUAAUUAAUGCUGACGUGACACCAAUCCAUGUAUUGCUCCAUCUCAUGAGUCAUCUUACCUUCACUCAUAAAGAUACUUGGAACUCCUUCACUUGUGGCAUCGAUUCCCGACCCAAAAGGAGCAAUCUGCCAUUUUCCCACAGAGCACCGUGGCCUCAGUGCUGUUAGUCAUCCCUGACAUUUCAUACUCGGUUGCAAACCAACCCAGUGUGCACUGCAGGUCACUCCUGUUGUAGCCAACAGGUCCACAUCAUCAGUCCUGAGACCACCCGAC